AAGUGCCUGUAGCGAUGAAAAGUGUUCUAAUUUCAUCCUUUACGUUACUGUUUGCAUUUUUGAUGUUCAUCACCGUUACGUUAGUGCUACUGUUGACGCUGGCGUAGUGGUACUUCGUUACAACAAUAUUGCUAUUCGUAUAAGAUUGAACCACCUUGCGCUGAAUCAUACGCUUACCAAUACGACAGUUGCACGGCAGGCGAAUGAGCAAUCUGUGACGUUUAAUGUUACUCUUGGAGCCAAUGGUAAUUACUCAAUUACUGAGUUCGAACGAGCUUAA